GGCAAAUCAAGCGAUGUGGAGUUUCUCUAAAAAAUGAAGAAAUGACAUUUAGACCGCACAGCAUAAUGGAUAUAAAUUCAUCAACACAAUUUCAAAUCAGCAUCGAUAACAGCGAUUGUAACUUCAGUCUGUCGAACAAUUCAGAAUAUGUCAAUGGAAUUCCACCGAACAAGGAAGCACUUGAUAUAACAAGAUUUGUUGUGCAAAGAGUUUUGGUUCCUAUUGUAACUUCUGUCGGGUUCUUUGGAAACAUAAUAAGCAUACGAGUUUUGACUCACAGGUCAAUGGUGUCGUCUACAAACUGCUAUUUAACGGCUUUGUCAAUAUUUGACCUCUUGUACCUUAUUUUGAGUUUUACCCUCAGUUUAAAGCAUUAUGAGCAUGUGAACGUGCAAGAUGUGUACAAUUACUGGUAUUAUUACGGAAAGACUCUUACUGAUAUUUGUAGCAAUGUUUCUGUCUGCCUUACUGUUACUUUUUCCUUAGAAAGGCUUAUUGCAGUCUGUUAUCCAAUGAAAGGACGUGCUUUGUGUACACCCCAGCGCGCACGAAUUAUAACAGCUGUCGUUGUCAUUUUGACUAUUGCUUGUACAACACCAGAAUUUUUUGAAGCCAGAUUGGUUGAAGUUAUUGAAAUGAAUGAAACCAAAUACGAAUUUGAAGAAACAGAAAUGUUUUUGAGUGAUGCUUAUCAAGUUGGGUAUUAUAACUUUUUAGUGUUUACUUUUACUGUUUUACCACUGGUGCUUUUGUCAACGUUUAAUGGAAUUCUCGUAAAAGCUGUUGUGUCUGCUACUAGAAUACGCAAACAGAUGACAUAUACUUCUAUGAAGCAGGAUAGAAGCAGACGACAGAAAGAACAGAAUCGGAUAACUAUAAUGCUCAUUGGAGUAGUGAUAGUGUUUUUGAUAUGUCAGUUUCCAAAUGCUGCCUUGAUAUCAUAUCAUAUAUAUCUGAACAAAACAUCAACGAAACUAACCCCAACCGGACGGAAUUACCUGCUUAUUGCUGGAAAUAUUGUCAAUAUACUUGUUUUAAUCAAUUCCUCCAUCAAUUUCAUUUUGUAUUCUGUAAUGAGUACAAAAUUUAGAAGAGUGUGCCUUAUAAUUCUUUGUAACUGUGGUAAACGGAGUAAAGAUACUGUUACUAAAACAGAAACAAGUUUGUACAACGGAAAUAUACCACUUCACUUCAGAUCGCGCCGUUGUAAUAACCGGGAGCAAAGGAACGGGAGAGAGCAAACACAUGAUCAGUCAAGACGCUCUGUCCGCUACCGGGACGAAACUAGAAAUGGGCAAUUUGCGAUUAAUUUUGAUCGUCGAGAUGGACGCUUAGAGUUAAACGUCACUCCAUAUGACAAUCAAAAUAAUGAAGGACAUGCGUUCACUCCGAUAUGUAUCCGUCGGCAUUACAAAUGCAGACAGAACUGUUUACAGAUUGGACAAGGUUGUGUACGGCCAUCAUAUGGUCAAAGACAACCCAAAACUUGGGAAAAAGAUAGCGAAAAAUCAGAAAAGGAAGGCACGUCUGACAUGUUUGAAAUAAAACUUCUUUUGAGAAAUGGUGCAUCAAUUUUACAAAACGGUAACCACCUUGAUACAGUGCUAUAAUGCCAGAUGUAAAGAGUUUGUAUUUAUUUGUAUUUCUUUUGAAACAUACAUGUCAAACGUUUAACUGUCAUGGUAAUAUAGUUUAGUGAAACGUAUUGCGAAGAAUAUAAAUACACCACAACUAUUGUUGAACGGGUUUCUGUAAUUUUGCUCCAAUGUCUUGAUGAAAUUGAUGUAAGUUACGUCAGUGUUUCUGUGCCAGUAUUGAAAUGCCUAAAUGUAUUUAAGAUACAAAGAUUAUUAAAAC